GUUGGUUGAAUUGGAAAGUGGAGAAAGAGGAAGAAAAGCAUUAAGGGUAGAAAGCAACAGCUAUCUACUAUCCCCUUUCCCCUUUCCCCUUUCAGUUCAUUUCUUCACAAAUGCAGAAUUCUCAUCACCUUUCUCCCAUUUGUUGAACUGAUGAUCCUCAAUACCUGAUCCCUGACUCAGUUGAAUUCUUGUGUUCCUUCUUCGUCUUCGCCAUUCCAAACUUGGCGGCCGCCUAUUCAUUCUCCCUAUCUUUUUAGGGUUUCCUAAAGAAGCGUGCUAAGUUUUUCAAGAAUCAGCGAGUUUGAUGGAGUCGGAGGAUGAUAUGCACGACGCCAAUGAGGUAGUGGUAGAGGAGGAUGACGACUAUUACAGCGGGGGCGAGGAUGCGGACAUGGGUACGGAGGGAGAAGCUGAAGAAGAAGACUAUGGUAGCUAUGACUAUGAUGAUGAAGAGGAUGAUGGGGUCGGUUACGACUUCGUGGCCGAUGACUCCGAUGAUGGCGACAAUGUUCUCGUUAGUCGUUCGCAGAAGAAUUAUACCAUCUUAAAGGAAGAAGAUAUAAGGCAACGCCAAGAGGAAGAUAUUACCCGGAUUUCUAAUGUCCUUUCAAUCUCAAAGGAAGCAGCAGGCCUGUUGUUGCGUCGUUAUAACUGGAGUGUGAACGAUGUGCAUGAAGAAUGGUUUGCUGAUGAAGAGAGAGUUCGUCAUGCUGUUGGCAUAUUGGAGAAGCCAGUUGUUAAGUUUUUGAGUGUUAGGGAAGUGGCUUGUGGGAUCUGUUUUGAGAACUACUCCUCUGCGAGUGUACGAUCAGCUGGAUGUACACAUCUAUUUUGUGAUGGAUGCUGGAAAGCUUACAUUAGCACAUCCAUUAAAGAUGGUCCUGGGUGCUUGAUGCUGAGGUGUCCUGAUCCAUCCUGUGGUGCUGCUGUUGGACAAGCUAUGAUAGAUGAGUUGGCAACCAUUGAAGCUAAGAAGAAGUAUCACGAAUAUCUUCUUAGAUCAUAUGUUGAGGACAGCCGUAAGAUUAAGUGGUGUCCUGCUCCUGGUUGUGAUUCUGCAGUUAAAUAUGUUGUUGGUAGUGGAAGCUAUGAUGUCACUUGCAGUUGUUCGUAUAGCUUCUGUUGGAAUUGUACAGAGGAAGCUCAUCGGCCAGUGGACUGCGAAACUGUUGCAAAGUGGGUUUUGAAAACCAGUGCAGAGUCAGAAAACAUGAAUUGGAUAUUGGCCAACUCAAAGCCUUGUCCCAAAUGCAAGCGCCCAAUUGAAAAGAACCAAGGUUGUAUGCAUAUGACUUGCACACCUCCAUGCAAGUUUGAAUUUUGCUGGCUUUGUCUUGGUGCUUGGUCAGACCAUGGGGAGAGAACAGGAGGGUUUUAUGCAUGCAACCGUUAUGAAACAGCAAAGCAAGAUGGAGUGUAUGACGAAGCUGAAAGGAGGAGAGAGAUGGCAAAGAAUUCUUUGGAAAGAUACACUCAUUACUAUGAGCGUUGGGCUUCCAACCAAGCGUCGAGGCAAAAAGCACUGGCAGAUCUGCAUCAGAUGCAAAUUGUACAUCUUGAGAAGCUUAGUGGAGUACAAUCCCAACCUGAGUCACAAUUGAAGUUCAUUAUAGAAGCCUGGCAACAGAUAGUUGAAUGUAGGAGGGUACUGAAAUGGACCUACGCAUAUGGUUAUUAUCUCCCUGAGAAUGAACAAACUAAAAAACAGUUUUUUGAGUAUUUGCAAGGUGAGGCGGAAGCAGGUUUGGAGAGGCUUCAUCAGUGUGCGGAGAAAGAGUUCUUGAAUUACCUCAAUUCUGACGGACCAUCAAAAGAUUUUAAUGAUUUCCGUACAAAACUUGCUGGUCUGACAAGCGUGACGCGGAAUUACUUUGAAAACUUGGUUAGAGCAUUGGAAAAUGAUCUUUCAGAUGUUGAUUCGCAAGCAGCAUGUAGCAAGACGAGCUUAAAAAACAUAGCAGGGAGCAGUAAGGAGAAAGGCGGAAGGGGGAAGGUGUCUUCUAAGAUAGACAUACCGAUCAGAAAUGCAGGUGAUUCAGGUAAUUGGGAAUGUGAUCAGUGUGCCUACUUGAAUGUUCGAUCUGCAACCGCAUGCAAUAUGUGCCACCAUGGCCGUUGAGACAGGCAGUAAAGGCAUAAAACAAAGAAUGUGCCUUGUCUUGUUAUGAUCUCAAGCAAUCAGUACAUGGAUGGCAAGUGGCACUAGAGCUAGUUAAAUCAUCGUGUUUGUUUGGGGGUGGAUUAGUGUGGUUGUCUAGGAGGACAAUUGGAUAUGUUUUAUCGAUUGUAAAUAGUUUGUAUAUUAAGCUACUGAAGUCUUGUUUUCUUU